CAAUCGUUCUCUUUCCUAUAUAUUCUGAGUCUCUGACGAGAACAUGUGAUCCUCCACUGCACCCUCCCCCCCUCCUCCACCUCUCUCUCUCUCUCUACUUCUCUGCGAGAUUCCAGGAUUCUCCCUCUCUUUCGCUCCUCUGCGGAAUUACAAACGAAGAGUGUGAGAGAGGAAAAGUCUGAGCUUUGAUUUAGGGUUUCCCUGAGAAUUCUAGCAGAGCAGAGUAGAUCAGAACAGAGCAAACAUGGCUUCGCAGAAGAAAGAUGUCGGUAUUUUGGCCAUGGACAUCUACUUCCCUCCUACGUGUGUUCAACAGGAAGCUUUGGAGGCUCAUGAUGGUGCAAAUAAAGGAAAAUACACUAUUGGACUUGGCCAAGAUUGCAUGGCAUUUUGUACAGAAUCAGAAGAUGUUAUUUCGAUGAGUUUGACAGUUGUGACUUCCCUACUUGAGAAAUAUGGGAUUGAUCCAACACAAAUUGGUCGUCUGGAAGUUGGCAGUGAGACUGUGAUAGACAAAAGCAAAUCCAUUAAAACCUUCUUGAUGCAAAUUUUUGAGAAACAUGGUAAUACUGAUAUUGAAGGAGUUGAUUCAACAAAUGCCUGCUAUGGGGGGACUGCAGCUUUGUUCAAUUGUGUAAAUUGGGUAGAGAGUUGUUCGUGGGAUGGACGCUAUGGACUCGUUGUAUGCACAGACAGUGCGGUCUAUGCAGAAGGAUCAGCCCGGCCAACUGGAGGAGCUGCUGCUAUUGCUAUGCUGAUAGGACCAAAUGCUCCAAUUGCAUUUGAAAGCAGAUAUAGAGGGAGUCAUAUGUCCCAUGUCUAUGAUUUUUACAAGCCUGAUCUUGCAAGUGAAUACCCAGUUGUUAAUGGUAAGCUUUCUCAAACUUGCUAUCUCAUGGCACUUGAUGCUUGUUACAAGCAUUUCUGUAACAAAUUUGAGAAAUUAGAAGGAAAGCAGUUCUCAAUUUCUGAUGCAGACUAUUUUGUGUUUCAUUCUCCAUAUAACAAGCUUGUACAGAAAAGCUUUGCUAGGUUGUAUUUCAAUGAUUUCUUGAGGAAUGCCAGUUCUGUGGGGGAGGUUGCAAAAGAAAAAUUGGCACCAUUUUCAUCUUUAUCCAGUGAUGAGAGCUAUCAGAAUCGGGACCUUGAAAAGGCUUCCCAGCAAGUUGCAAAGAACCUAUAUGAUGUGAAGGUGCAACCAACCACCUUACUACCAAAACAAGUUGGCAAUAUGUACACAGCAUCUCUUUAUGCAGCAUUUGCAUCCCUUAUUCACAACAAGCAUAGCUCACUGGAGGGUAAACGGAUUAUAAUGUUCUCAUAUGGGAGUGGUCUGACUUCCACAAUGUUCUCAUUCCAACUUCAAAGUGGACAACAUCCAUUUAGCUUGUCAAAUAUUGCAACUGUCAUGAACAUCUCUGAGAAAUUGAAGUCAAGACAUGAGAUCUCUCCCGAAAAUUUUGUUGAAACUUUAAAGCUAAUGGAACAUCGUUAUGGAGGAAAGGACUUCGUGACGUCAAAGGACAGGAGACUGCUAUCUCCGGGCACGUUCUAUCUCAUUGAAGUCGACAACUUGUACCGAAGGUUCUAUGCCAAGAAAGUUGGGGAUGACAGCGCUGCUGGCAAGGCUGCUACGAUCCAUGAUAAUGGUUCACUGGUCAACGGUCACUAAACUGGGGGGGAAAUGCUCAAUUAUCUGCCUUUGCAUUUUAAUAAGUGUUUUUCUAUUGUUUGUCAAAGUAUAUGGCUUCAUAGGCAGCAGGUUUUACUAGCUUAAUGUUCGUUGUGUUAAUCGUUAAUGGAAUUCUCCUAAGUUCCUCCGAAAUCUUUCUAGUUUCUGCUGCUUUAGCAUUUCUACAAUGUUUUUGCUUUUUUUUUCACAAGAAAAGUUAGGUAUUGAAUUCA